AUGAGGAGAGGAGGUGGGGGGGUGGCCGCAGGGUCCCCUCUUACUAACCCCCACAUCCCCACCCCCAAUCAAACACCCUCCUUCAACCUCACCCCCCAUUUCAGCCGCCCCCUGGAUCCGCACCACCUCCCUCCCUUCCUUCCUCCACACCCCUGCCCCACCCACAGUUGUCUCUGCCCUGUCCUUCACACUGCAGCCAGCCCUCCCACCCCCACGUCCCCGCCACCUACCCCCCACAGUAGCAGCCGCGGGAGGGGAGAGGCAGGGCAGAGGGUGGUGCUCUAUUGGCGGGGUUCUCUGCUGGCGGGGUUCUCUGCUGGCGGGGUUCUCUGCUGGCGGGGUUCUCUGCUGGCGGGGUUCUCUGCUGGCAGGAUUCUCUGCUGGCGGGAUUCUCUGCUGGCAGGGUUCUCUGCUGGCGGGGUUCUCUGCUGGCGGGGUUCUCUGCUGGCGGGGUUCUCUGCUGGCGGGGUUCUCUGCUGGCGGGGUUCUCUGCUGGCGGGGUUCUCUGCUGGCGGGGUUCUCUACUGGCGGGGUUCUCUGCUAGCGGGGUUCUCUGCUGGCGGGGUUCUCUGCUGGCGGGGUUCUCUGCUGGCGGGGUUCUCUGCUGGCGGGGUUCUCUGCUGGCGGGGUUCUCUGCUGGCGGGGUUAUCUGCUGGCGGGAUUCUCUGCUGGCGGGGUUCUCUGCUGGCGGGGUUCUCUGCUGGCAGGGUUCUCUGCUGGCGGGGUUCUCUGCUGGCGGGGUUCUCUGCUGGUUGGGUUCUCUGCUGGCUGGGUUCUCUACUGGCGGGGUUCUCUGCUAGCGAGGUGCUCUGCUGGCGGGGUUCUUUGCUGGCGGGGUUGGCGCUGGUGCUGGUGCCUGGUGCUGGCAGCUGGCGCUUGCGCAAGUGCCUGGUGCUGGCGGCUGGCGCUGGUCCUGGUGGCUGGUGCUGGCGUAACGGCGCUGGUGCCGGUGCUGGUGCUGGUGACUGGCUUCGGUGCUGGUGCUGGUUCCUGGUGCUGGUGGGUGGCGCUGAUGCUGGUGCCUGGUGCUGGCGGCUGGCGCUGCAGGCGUAG